AGUUCAAUAUUGUGAUUGGUUUAAUUCGGUUUAAAAUGAAUGACCAAUUAACUAAAGGCUAAAGGAGACGCCAAUUGUUGUUCAUUGAUCGUCCGUCUUCUUCACUGUUUCUUUCCAGUCACGGUUUACGCGUCUCUCUAUCUCCCACCUGCAAUUCUUCGCCAUUCUCUUUGCUGAUUCAUAAGGUUGCAAUGUAUUCCAGAAGAGAGCUGGAAGAUUUGGAGUACAGAUACUACAGUGAAAUGAAAGAUGGUACUAGGAAGGUCAAAUUCUCAGAGUCUCUGUUCAGGUGUCCCUUCUGCUACAGAGAUCGAAAGCGUGAUUACCAGUUUGAUGACUUGUAUCGUCAUGCUUCUGGUAUUGGCGGUAGCUCCCGCACUAAGGAUGGGAGAGAAAAAGCUAGACAUCUUGCACUGGAGAGGUAUAUGAGGAAGUAUCUCCGCCCUCGGGAAAGACCAGGUCAUUCUCCAACUUCAGAUGUCUCUUCUCUUCCUAAAGAGGAGUUUACCGGAAAGUGGAAAUCUACUUUGUCAACUACUGAAGAAGGAGAAUUCAUAAGCAUUGAAAAUUUUAGUUCACCACAUAUUGUCAAAGCUGAACCAAAGUCUGUCUCAGGAGAUCAUCCUGGACGAAGUGGUGAGGAAAGACCAAAGUUUUCUGAUAAACCCAACCCCUCCUUUAGCAACGAAGACAAAUCAUACCCUGUCAAAAGACCUUGCCUAGUUUCUGGUGCUAAAGAGAGAGAAGAACCUGUCCAACAGAUUGGUCUCAGCCAUGGUGCUAGGUUUGCUCCAACAUAUCCUCAGAAGCUAGUUUCUUUGGGUGCUGGUAAUGGGGAUCAGAUGUUUGUGCAUCCCUGGAAAGGUAUCCUGGCGAACAUGAAAAGAGCUUUAGAUGAGAAAACAGGGAAGUAUGCUGGUGAGAGUGGAAGCAAGAUAAGAGAAGAACUGCUCAACAAAGGGUUUAAUCCCCACAAAGUCACGCCACUGUGGAACGGAAAAUUUGGUUUUACUGGUUUUGCUAUUGUUGACUUUGGUAAAGAGUGGGAAGGAUUCAGAAACGCGACCAUGUUUGAUAAACACUUUGAAGUGAAUCAGUGUGGGAAAAGAGACCAUGAUCUCACACGUGAUCCAGGUGAUAAACUUUAUGGUUGGGUAGCAAAACAAGAUGACUACUAUUCAAGAACUGCUAUUGGUGACCACCUCAGGAAACAAGGGGACUUGAAGAGUGUUUCUGGUAAAGAAGCAGAAGAUCAAAGAAAGACAUUCACACUUGUCUCAAACUUGGAAAACACACUGGAAGACAAAAACACUAAUCUUCAACAAAUGGAGAGCAUCUACAAAGAAACCAGUUCAGUGCUUGAGAAAAGAAUGAGAGAGAAGGAUGAAAUGAUCGACACACAUAAUGAAAAAAUGAGUAUUAUGCAGCAAACCUCGCGUGAUUAUUUGGCAAGUAUUUAUGAAGAACAUGAAAAGGCCUCUCAGCAUCUCGAAGCUCAAAGGAAAGAAUAUGAAGACCGGGAGAAUUAUCUAGAUAAGUGUCAAGCUAAGAAUAAGACUGAGCGGAGAAAGCUUCAAUGGCAAAAGCAGAAGAACUUAAUGGCAACUCAAGAGCAAAACAAAGCUGAUGAAGACAUGAUGAGAUUGGCAGAACAGCAACAGAGGGAGAAAGAUGAAUUACGUAAGCAAGUUCGUGAGCUCGAGGAGAAGAUUGAUGCUGAGCAGGCAUUGGAGCUAGAGAUAGAGCGUAUGAGGGGUGACUUGCAGGUCAUGGGACACAUGCAAGAAGGUGAAGGUGAAGAUUCAAAAAUCAAGGAGAUGAUAGAAAAGACAAAGGAAGAACUGAAGGAGAAAGAAGAGGAUUGGGAAUUCCAAGAGUCGCUCUAUCAAACUCUUGUUGUAAAACAUGGCUACACUAACGAUGAGCUACAGGAUGCGCGCAAGGCUUUGAUUCAUUCAAUGCGGGAGUUGACCUCACGAGCUUACAUUGGUGUGAAGAGAAUGGGAGCAUUGGAUGAGAAACCGUUCCAAAAAUUAGCUAAAGAGAAAUAUCCAGCCGAAGAAGCUGAUGAAAAAGCCGCAGAGCUCUGUUCCUUGUGGGAAGAGCACUUGGGAGACUCGGCUUGGCAUCCGAUUAAGGUCGUCGUAAAAGAUGGAACCCCAAAGGAAGAACUGAAUGAAGAAGAUGAGAAGCUACAAGAGCUGAGGAAAGAGUUGGGUGAGGAAGUGUAUGCAGCUGUGACACAAGCGCUUAAAGAAAGGAACGAGUAUAAUGGCAGUGGAAGGUACAUAGUGCCUGAGCUUUGGAAUUUCAGAGAAAACAGAAAAGCGACUAUCAAGGAAGGAGUUGUUUAUCUGCUCAACUCGUGGAAACAGAAGAAACCAAAGCCGAAGCGUAGAUAAAUAAAUUCAAAAAGAAAGAAAAAAAAACUCAUUUCUAGAAACCUCUAUUGUUGAUAAUUAUUAAGACUAGAUGAGAUUUUAUGAGUAUCCCCACUAAGAAUAGUUUUGAUGCUGAGAGCUUGGACUCAGAUAUCAAAUUUAUGUACUUGGUUAUUCGGUUUGGGAAGAGGAUUUGGGUUUGGUUAAAUAUUAAUAUGCUUCAUUGAAGAUCUUCUACAAUUUACAGUUUAGCUACUUAAGAACACGUUUACAAGGCUUAUUUGGGUUACUAAAUUACACUUUACGUA